AAAAAUGCCGCUGAAAAUUACUGGUUGUAAAAUUCACAUUGUUAUUUCUAAUUGGCUAGGUUAAGAAGGCAGGGUUACUUCAAGUCAGAAACCAACACUCAGCCAAUCCACUUAGGCUUUCUUAGUAUGGGACGUCACGUGACUAAGAAAGCGUAACAGGAUUGGCUGGGUGUUAGAGGGUGAAUUUCAGACAGCUAAUUGUAGCCAGGUGAAUCUCAGGAGACUGAAAAUAUUGCGUUGAAGCUAUUAAAAAUGUGAUCACUUUGAAAUAAUGUGACUUUUACAACAUAAUUUUUAAUUCAAAUCCUGGUUGCACAUAUCUACUCUCAUGUGACUGCGACCACAGUCAGUUUCUGCGUGUUCCUGUGAUGGCCAGCAGGUGGAGCCAGGUGUUCUGGCCUCGGGGGCAAGCAAGCGUGUGCUCCACGAGCAGUCUGCAGACGUGUGUGGGAGAGCAGGAUUGCGAUCAUUUGAACAGACGGGGAAGAGGAGAACGUGAGCAGAAGUUGGCCAAGGAGGCAAGAGACACCCGAAACCCGUGAGCCUGAACUUUGUCGCAGACCCUCACCGAGAGGCUGUCGUGUCCACGCGGUGGAUCUUGAUUUUUGGCUGCCAAGCCUUCGGAGGGUCUCGAAGCACAACUUGUGACUGGCGGAUGUUUAGAGCUGGUCAAGGUGUAAGGCAGAGUCGAAGGAAUGUAUCCAAGUGGGCCCGCGGUGGCGAACGGCUGUCUCCGGGGGUGUCCAGGCUGGAUGGUCGUGCUGCUCCUCGGCUUCCUGGACGUUGGAGCGACCGGGUCCGACUUUGCCCAAGACCCCAGUGUGGUAGCAGCCCCUUCCUGGAACACUUCUAGUGAUGGGCCAUUUUUUAUCCGUCUUGAGACCGCAAUGAACAACAUCACCACUUCUCUGGGACAGACAGCUGAGCUGCUCUGUCGUGUGUCUGGGAACCCGCCACCCACCGUGCGCUGGCUAAAGAACGAUGCGCCUGUGGUACAGGAACCACGGCGGGUCUCGUACCGAUCCACACCAUAUGGGUCACGUCUUCGUAUCCGCAAUUUGGACACCACAGACACCGGCUACUUCCAAUGUGUAGCAAGCAACGUUCAGGGGACAGUGUCUACCACGGGCGUGCUCUUCGUCAAAUUCGAUCCGUUGCCUACGCCUCUGCCAGGACGACCAACGGAGGAUUUUGACGAGGAGGGGUUCUGCCAACCGUACAGAGGCAUUGCAUGUGCCCGCUUCAUUGGUAACCGCAGCAUCUUUGUUGACUCGUUGCAGAUGCAGGGUGAGAUCGAGACUCAGAUAACAGCGGCUUUCACCAUGAUCGGCACAUCCAACCAUCUCUCCGAUCGCUGCUCUCAGUUUGCCAUCCCAUCCCUCUGCCACUUCGCCUUCCCAACCUGCGACCGCAGCUCAGGUGUUGACAAACCCCGGGACCUGUGCAAAGAUGAGUGUGAGAUCCUGGAGAAUGACUUGUGCAAGACAGAGUACAUCAUCGCCCGUUCGAACGCGAUCAUACUGAAAAGACUGAAGUUGCCUAACUGUGACGAUCUGGCAGCCUCGGACAGCCUUGAGGCAGCCAACUGUCUUAGAAUCGGCAUCCCCAUGGCGGAGCCAAUUAACAAAAAUCACAAAUGUUACAAUAGCAGCGGAUCAGAUUACCGCGGCACCAUCAGCAUGACCAAGUCAGGCCGUCAAUGUCAACCGUGGAACUCCCAGUAUCCUCACAGCCACAACUUUCUGGCUCUCCGCUACCCGGAACUCAACGGGGGUCAUUCGUACUGCCGCAACCCAGGAAACAAACAUGAAGCUCCCUGGUGCUUCACACUGGACGAGGGGGUGCGCAUGGAGCUCUGUGACAUACCCAUCUGUGACCAUAAGGAGAAGUCUGGUGGCGGCAACAUGGAGAUCUUGUAUAUUCUUGUUCCAAGUGUGGCCAUCCCAUUAGCCAUCGCGUUGCUUUUUUUCUUCAUUUGUGUGUGCCGCAACAACCAGAAGUCUGCCAGGCCGCCCGCGCCUCGCCAGCCCAAACCAGUCCGCGGGCAAAACGUUGAGAUGUCCAUGCUCACAACAACAUACAAGCCAAAGAGUAAGGCCAAAGAGCUUCCCCUGUCGGCGGUGCGUUUCAUGGAAGAGCUAGGAGAGUGCUCACUGGGGAAAAUAUACAAGGGGCACCUGUACCUGCCGGGCAUGGACCGAGCACAGCUGGUCGCCAUCAAGACCUUAAAGGACGUCUCGAGUGUCCAACAGUGGAGUGACUUUCAGCAGGAGGCUGGCGUGCUGACGGAGCUGCAACACCCCAACGUCGUGUGCUUGCUGGGUGUGGUGACCCAGGAGCAGCCUGUCUGUUUGCUGUUUGAGUUUCUUCCUCAAGGCGACCUUCACGAGUUCCUCAUCAUGCGUUCGCCGCAUUCUGACGUGGGCUGCAGCAGUGACGAGGAUGGAACCGUGAAAUCCAGCCUGGAUCACGGCGACUUUCUGCAUAUGGCCAUCCAGGUUGCUGCUGGGAUGGAGUACUUGGCCAGUCACUUUUACAUUCAUAAGGACCUUGCAGCCCGGAACAUUCUAGUUGGCGAGCAGCUCCACGUGAAGAUAUCUGACCUGGGCCUGUCCCGAGAGAUUUACUCUUCAGACUACUACUGCAUCCAACCGAAAACUCUUUUUCCUAUCCGCUGGAUGCCACCUGAAGCCAUUACCUAUGGAAAGUUCACCACAGACUCGGACAUCUGGUCGUUUGGAGUGGUCCUGUGGGAGGUCUUCAGCUAUGGUCUGCAGCCUUAUUAUGGGUUCUCCAACCAGGAAGUGAUGGAGAUGGUUAGAAAAAGGCAGCUGCUACCCUGUCCUGAAGACUGUCCGCCAAGGUUCUACGGUUUGAUGACCGAGUGCUGGCAGGAGGGACCGGCACGUAGACCUCGCUUCAAGGACAUCCACAGCCGCCUGCGAGCCUGGGAAGGGCUGUCAUCUCACGCCAGCUCCAGUACGCCAUCCGGUGGGGGAGGCAAUGCCACCACCCAGACCACCUCGCUGAGCGCAAGCCCCGUUAGCAACCUGAGCAACCCUCGCUACGCCACCACUGCUGGAUAUCUCUACCCGGCCCAGGCCAUCGCCUCACCGGGACAGAUGGCUCCCAUUCCGGCAUGGGCACCCAUGGCGGUGCCCCAAACACACCCGCGUUUUAUUCCCGUCAACGGCUACCCCAUUCCCCCAGGAUAUGCGGCUUUUCCCGCGCAUUUCCCUCCCCCAGCGCCGCCUACUCGGGUAAUCCAGCAUCACCUGCCGCCCCCUAAAAGCCGCUCGCCCAGCAGCGCCAGUGGCUCCACCAGCACGGGUCACGUCAGCGGCGUUCCCUCCACCACGGGCUCCAACCAUGACGCCAAUACACCGCUCCUAUCGCACUGCAUCAUGCCAGGGAACGGUGGAGGCUCGGUGCAAGUGUACGGACAGCUAGCUCAGAAGACGGUGGGACAACUGGACCACACGCAAACAUCAGCACUGCUCGCGCCGGACUCUGACGUGCUGAUGUAUAAGGACGCUGUCAUUACUGCAGACCUGUAGAUGAAAAUAGUGUGUACCUGUACUCAUUCUUUCCCACGUGGGACCAGUUUCAAAAAUACAGGCUCUCAUCCAGGCACCAGGGCAAAGAAUGAAACUGUGGCCAUGCGAAGGCUGCACUGUGGGAACAUUCUGAUCUACAACGAUAGAAACACGGCUACAGCCUGAUAAAUAAACAUCCAUCCAUCCAUUUCCCAAAACAUUUGUCCUCCUUAGGGUCACAGGCAAGCAGAAGCCUUUCCCAGCUGACUUUGAGUGAGAGGCAGGGUACAACCUGGACUGAUCCCCAGCCAUUCACAUGACAAGUAAACAAAUGUAUUUAAUUCCACAUUUUUCAAAUACUGCUCUAUUUUAGUCUUGAUGUAAAUACACUACAAAAGUCCUGACUGAAUGAAAUGAAAUUUAUAUUUUUAAAAGAACUUUUAAUUAUGGUGUUAUAGUGGAAGGUCCAUCUAAAUGGUUGCUAUUGCAGUGGAAAAGAGCGUCAGUGUCAGUUCAAGGUCUUCAUCAAUUUCAGGAGAAUCUUUUGUAUUAGUGUGACUUGUAUGGGUGAAAAUACAAAUGUUGUUCUUUCAAGCUCGUCCCAGCAAGCAAUAAAGGGAAGUAUGCACUGACACCUGCAGGCUAAAACCAAAAACUUGCUACAGAUGGAAUUCAAAAGUUUUCAAAGAUGACCUUUAAUUUAACAAUGUGUUUUGUGCUACGCUUAAUGGUUUUUAUAGACCAGGCAGCCAACAGCAUAUAUAUUAGCUCCAUUCUAUAAAAUCCCCUCAGCAUGACACCUGAAUGUUUUCACAAUGACAAGUCAACCGUAGGUCGCGUCAACAUUUGCCUCUGAUAUUUCGUCACUUUGUGCCUUAGUCCCCACGAAAAUGGAACAGUCGUCUGCUCCCUAACAUAUGUAAAUUACGUCGUACAUCCAAGCAGAUAGCCUUCAUUAUUAUUGUCCCAUUUGUAGUCUCUCAAUCGUACCGAGAAACAUUACUUUUUAAUAUAGAUUGAAUAUUAUUUUUAUCUGUAUUUUUUAAUAUGUAUAUUUGAAUGUUGAAGGAAAGUUUCCUUGUUUUGUUACUACCACAUUAAAGACGUGGGGAUUUGUGCUACCUUUAUUAUUAUUAUUAUUAUGACGUUCAUUUGGUUAUACGCAUGGAUUAUUACGGCCCCAACCAGAAUGUUUUUAUAUGAAUUAGAUUGAAGACGGCAACGUUUGACCUUCCGAAGGAUUCGUGUUUGCGCUGAGGCAUAAAUACCGAAACAUCACGAGUGUACGUAUCGAAAUUCACUGAUGGUCAGUUCAAACCAUAUCUGAAAAUGAAUUCCAGAAGCAGCUUUAAUAGAAGCCGUGUUGUCAAAAGCGACUACCUGUGAAGAUGACAAUCAUUUUUCUUGUUUUACUAAUCGCACGCAUAGAAACCCAGUUGCAAUCAGUGAAGUUGGUCAUGGCAUAAUCAAUAUAGAAAGUGUGACAAAAUAAUGUAUACGUUCAACUAUUUUAUGGUCCUCAUGUCCAGUUCAAAAUAAUUGAACUAUUUGCUCUAUAGGUCAUGUUUGGCUCGGUUGUAUGUAAAGGAUUUAGCCUAUUUGUCAUGUAAACGCAAAUACCACUUGGACACAAGACUGUGAAUUUUAAUCAAAUCAGUCCUUUUUAUUAGAUGAAAAGAUUUGUUUUCCUUUAUUUUUUUUUAAGCAGAAAACACAGUCAGUUUGAAUUAAUCAUUGGGCGCAGGUUUGAGGAAGUUUACGUUGCUUUUGUCUGUAGAGUUUGACCAAGAGGCCUUUUGUUUUGUAUGAAUGUUUUUGCACAGAUGUUUGUUUUGUUGGGUUUUUUUUUUUUUGUAUUGCCGUCAUUUAUUAAAU